AUGUCACCAGCGCCCACCACUAGCGCCGGCCCCGCGUCCUCGGGCAUUCCUCCCUCCUCCCUCCCCACAUCCACCGUCACCGAGAACGAUACGCAACCCUCCUCCUCCUCGAAAGCCAACGAUCUCCUUCCUCGCUACCUCACGAACGACACCUCCCGCACCGGCUACGACCCCUCCAUCCAAUGGUGGAUGAACUACUUCAAGAUUCUCACCGGCCAAAUCACGCCCGAGGGCGUCGAGCACUACCGUGAAGACCGGUACAAGGCCAACGAGGCGCGCGACUGCGCCCGGUGCGAGGCCGACCGUGACUGGCUGUUUCAGAACUCGCCGGUGAUCCGGUUCCUGCGUGAGAAGGUGGCCAACCUAAACGGCGUCUUGGAUGAGACCAAUGUCGUGUGUCGCCGGUGUCCUAGCAGGAUUGUGGUGAUUCCCGGAACCAAGGACAAGGGAGAGGAGGAUAGGAUAGAGGUUGCCAGACAGGGUGGUGGGUUUAGUCCUGAUCAUGGCAUCCUGUUGUGCGCCAAUGAGAUGCGCAAUCGAGGACACUUGGAGGAUACGCUGGCGCAUGAGAUGGUGCAUGCUUGGGAUCAUCUGAGGUGGAAGGUGGAUUGGUUCGGGGAGAAGAGUUUGAGGCACGCUGCUUGUACUGAAAUCCGAGCAUCAAUGCUCAGCGGCGAGUGCAGAUGGACACGCGAGUCUAUUGUCCGAGGCAACUGGACGCUUACCCAACAAUUUCAGAACUGCGUUCGUAUGCGAGCCAUCCAGUCGGUUAUGGCACGACCGACGUGCAAGGACGAUGUACAUGCAACAAAGGUGGUCAACGAGGUGUGGGACUCGUGCUUUGCGGACAAGAGGCCGUUUGAGGAGAUUUAUAGGUGA